AUGGCUCAGAGUUCGGGGGAGCAACCAGCUGCCAGCCGCCCGCGAUUAACUCCGGCCUCAAGCAUGAUGUACAGGUCCCAGCCAGCCGCCAUGAACGCCGGUUUGCGACGACGUCGCACUUCGUGGUUGGCCGCAGUGGUUGCAGCCGUGCUGCUAAGCAGUUGGCAAGGUUUCUCUUUCCUGGGAUCAAUGCCCACGGGACAGCAGGCGCACAAGACGGCUCGGCAAGCCUCUGUGGUUGACAGCCUCAAGAACCCGGUCAAGACAGUGUCCGAGACCAUUGACGAGUUCUACAAGGGCUACCCCAAGCCGCCGGUGCUCCCGAUGUAUAGGAGCUUCCUGGUUGAUUUCAUCACUCAAGUGCACCUGACCAUGGUGGACUCCCGAUUCAAGUACGACGCAAUCUUCGGACUUGGGAUGAGGCACUUCUACACCGGGCUCAUGGGCAACUACGACAAGCUUGUCAUGAGUGAAGAGUCCGAGAAGAUUUGGAAGGCCUUGAAUAGCGCCAUGGGAAUGAAGCCGGACCAGGUCACUGCCGACGCAGAAGCUGUUGCCAAGUACGCCAGCUCGACUUCGCCAGCUGAAAUCCUGAAGCACAUGGAGGGCACGGCCAAGCCUUCCGAUGCCAAGAUCGGCACCGCUUUCGAGCAGAUCCAGUCUUCGCUCUACAGCGCAACUUACAGCAUUGGCUUGUUCCGCAUCAUGGAGCUGAGUGGUGUGGAGGUCAACAAGGCCAAUGCUGAGGAGUGGGCAAAGGCCCUGAAGAUUGAGCCUGCGUCCAAGGUCACUUCUGACCUUGAAACAUACAAGCAGAAUCAGGUGAAACUCCAGAAGGCCGAGGAGAUGAUCCGAGAGAUUGAGAUCCGGGAGAAGAAGAAGCUGGCCGAGAAGUGCUGGCUUUAG